AUGUGGAUCCACUGGAACAAGGCUACCAAUCUGUUCCAUGCCGAGGAGGUAUCGCGCAUCCUCAGCUUCCCAGCGCCUAGACUCAACGACCUGGUCCGAAUAGACAUGAAGGACUACGCUCUUUGCUACCAGUUCCCUUCGUCCCCGACCGGAUUUCAAAACUUCGCCAUGUGGCCAUUGUUCUGCUGCUUGUCUAUCCCGAACAUUGUGGGUGUUGUUGAGGCCGCUAUCUCACCUACUCGCCGCAUCAUUUUCGUCAGUCACUAUCCUGCCAUGCUUACUAUGGCCGCUGAGACGGUUCGAUAUUGCGUUCGCGUAUACGAAUGGAGCGGUCUCUAUGUUCCUGUUGUUCACGCCCGCCAUGCCAAGGACUUGGUACAGGAGCCGGGCCCUUACAUUCUUGGUAUUACUGCCGAGUGCCGCUCCCUAUUCACUGCCCCAACUGAUGCUUUGGUCAUCGACCUCGACCGCAACUUCGUCCUCACCUCCAGUCCCCCAACCGCACUGAACCCUGGCCAGCGUAACAAGUUUGUUACCCGUCUUACCCAGUCCCUCAACGGUGAUGUGACACCUUCCGGUGUCCCCCAGCAUCUUCGAUCUGCCUAUGGCGGUGGCAAGCUUGUUCCGGCUGGUCAAAUCAUCGUUAUGCGCGGUGAAGUGGAGUCUAUCCAAGAUCCCGAGUGGUGGAACCAAGAUGCAGUCAUGGCGGUCAUGGACCACGUCUGCGAGAAGAUGGGCCGUAACACAGGCAUCAAGGCUGUCUUUGGCGGUUCCGUCAAGAAGCCUUUGAUGACCAAGGUUUCCAUGAGACAUCUUAACGAGAUCGUCCGAGAGAGGAACCAGUACUCUCGUGAUGCACUUGAGGCCUGGCAGGAUUUCAUUAACCUAAAGGGUCGCAUGGACACGGAGCUCAACAAGGUUACGAAGCGCAACAAUUAUCUCAACGAAGAGCUUGAGAGUUGGAAGCAACAGUUCCUCAAAUUCCAGGCGUUUGCUGAGCAGCUUACCAAGGAGACUCAGGACCUCAAGGUCAAGAUUGAGAGCCACAAACGGGAGAACAGACGGCUUGCUGGUCUUAUUGACCAACAGAAGGAUGACAACUCGCGUCUAUCCGUUCGCUUGGGUGCGACUGAGAAGCAGCGUGACGAUGCUCUCGAGGCCCUGGUUCUUCAACAGGAGAUCGCCGAAGAGCUUGAGCGUGAGCGCAAGCGCAACAAGAAGGAACUGGCUGCCCUUCAACACACCAAUGUUACUAUUCUUAGACAACGUGAUGAAGCCCGUCGUGUUGUUCUCCAUCUGCGCAGCCUCAUUGGUGGCCAAAGCCAUCACAUGGAGCACUUGGUUCAGUCUUUGACCAAGCCUGACGACUUGGAACGUGAGAUUGAGGAAGGUUAUGACCCAGAGGAUGAGGAUGGAGAGGCACCCAGAGACGCGGACGUUAACCAAGCUCGUCUUCUCUCUGCCGCCGCUCAGGCCAACAAGAGACUCUCGACAUCCAGUUUCAAGGAUGUGGCUGACCGCCACCUAAAGGACAAGACUGAUGCUAUUGCCCACAUCAUCAGAAACAUUGCCGAGCAGUGUCAGGCUGCCGUUGAGGGCCUUCAGUUGGCCCAGGAUGCCGAGAUUGAUGAGCGUGCCGCCAAGCUUCGUGCUCAGCGUCGUCGCAGCAACCUCUCUGCCACCGGCCAGAGUGACGAUGGUCACGAUACACAGUCGAAUGCGACUUCGGAGAUGGGUGAGGACAGCCUCCUUCACCCCGUCUCUGGCAGGACAUCCAGCAUCCCGCCUACUCCCGACCUUGUUCCCAACAGGAGCAGCACGGCGAUGUCCUUCGCCUCCAGCGCUGCGACUCCCGAGCGAUCAAGUCAGCAGUACAUGAUUCGUGAGGAUAUCCCGACAAAGAUCGUCGAGGAUGAUGAGGACUUUGAGGAGGAUCGUAGCGAGUCCGAGUCCAUGCCUCAGCAGCACGGCGUUGUCGGCAAGCACUCUGAUGGCCUCAUUCACCGGCCAUCGGGCGCUCGCAUCAGCGCUCUUGGCGGCACUCGCUAA